AUGGCUAACAGCAAAUUUUCUUAUGUAAAAUUAUAUGAAGAAGAGAAAAAAAUUUUAUUUAAUUGCUUUUUUGUACUAAGAAUAGAUGGUUGUGACUUUAAAAAUUUUAUAAAAGAUCAUGAAUAUAAUAAGCCUAAUGAUAUAAAAGGAUUAAAUUUAAUGAAUGAAUGUGCAAUUGAAGUAUUAAAAAAAUUUAGUGAGAUAGAUUUAUGUUAUGGACAUUCGGAUGAGUAUAGUUUUUUAUUUAGAAAAACUACAAAACUUUGGAAUAGAAGAUAUAAUAAAAUACUAAGUAAUGUUGUAUCAUAUUUUACUUCUUCUUUUGUACAUAAAUGGAAGAAUUUUUUUAAAAAAGAUUUAGUAUAUCUACCAUGCUUUGAUGCACGAAUUAUUACUUAUCCUUCUGAAAAAGAAAUAAAGGAUUAUUUUUCAUGGAGACAAGUAGAUUGUCAUAUUAAUACUCAAUAUAAUGAAUGCUUCUGGAACUUAAUUUUAAAAGAUAAUUAUACUAAUGAAGAAGCUCAUAAAUUUUUAUUAACAACUCAAACUAAAGACAAAAAUGAAUUAUUAUUCACUCGUUUUAAUAUUAAUUACAAUAAUAUUCCUGAAAUAUUUAGAAGAGGAACAAUUAUAAUUAGAAAUAAGAAUUUUCAAAAAAAAAUUACUCCCAAUAUAAAAUUUAACAAGGAAUUUGAUAAUACUACUAAAUUAGACCAACAUCAAAGUAUAAAAGAUAAUUGUAAUAUAAAUACUAGUGUUCAUUUCAAAGAUAACUUUAAUUUAUAUUCCAAUGAAAAUAUAGUUGAUAAUUCUGAUAUGAAAUUUAAUCAAGAAUUAAAUGAUAAUUUAAGUAAAUUCAUUAUAUCUCAUGAAAAUUUAAUUAGUGAAAAAUUUUGGAAUAAAUAUAGUUAUAUUUUUAAAACAAAAGAAAAAAAAGAAGAACAACAAAGUUAA